CGGGUGGAGCAGGCGCUGCCUCGGACUCCGGCAGACGCUGAGGAGGCGGCGUUGCGGCGAGUCGGGAGUCGCUGCGGGGCUGGGCGCUCGGCAGGGACAUGGGGCCGCCAGCGGCGUGAGGUGCGGGCUGCGCCAGCCGGGGGUCUGAGCGCGGCUCGGCGGCCGAGGGGAGCCCGGCUGUGCCUGUGUCGGCGGCGGCUCGCUGUCCCCCCGCCGCCGGCGAUGGGGAAUGGGCUCUCGGACCAGACGCCGAUCCUCUCCAGCCUGCCCUCCUUCCAGUGCUUCCACAUCGUGAUCCUGGGGCUCGACUCGGCGGGCAAGACCACCGUGCUCUACAGGCUGCAGUUCAACGAGUUCGUCAACACGGUGCCAACCAAGGGCUUUAACACGGAGAAAAUCAAAGUGACGCUGGGCAGCUCGAAAACGGUCACCUUCCACUUCUGGGACGUGGGAGGCCAGGAGAAGCUGAGGCCCCUGUGGAAGUCCUACACCAGGUGCACGGAUGGCAUCGUGUUUGUGGUGGACUCUGUCGACAUCGAAAGGAUGGAGGAAGCCAAGACAGAACUUCAUAAAAUUACUAGGAUAUCUGAAAAUCAGGGCGUGCCUGUCCUUAUAGUGGCUAACAAACAGGACCUGAGGAAUUCCCUCUCUCUCUCAGAAAUCGAGAAGAUGUUAGCAAUGAGCGAGCUGAGCUCUUCUACUCCCUGGCAUCUGCAGCCUACCUGUGCGAUCAUAGGGGAUGGACUCAAAGAGGGACUUGAAAAACUACAUGAUAUGAUAAUUAAGCGAAGAAAAAUGUUGAGACAGCAGAAAAAGAAGAGAUGAGUUCUGUUUCCACACUUCUGUCUUAGAGUAGUUCCAUGGUCAGAAUUUGACAUAACAGCUUCCAAAGCCUGACCUGCUUGCUUGGAUGCUGUUAAAGCUUAGUUAUGUUAAACAAUCAGUUGCACAACCUUGCCUUGUGGAAGUUGUGCAGUCACAGAACCUUUUGAAAAGCAGAAACAGAAAAUAGUUUUUCCAAGGUUUCUGGCACUGUAUUAUUUCGGAUGCCCUAUAAAGUAAUAUAAAGCUAUCAGGAAACAGAUGGGUGGGUAAAUGUGACCUGGAUAUCUAAAUAGCCAAAUAAAAUGAGGUUUUUUUGCUUGGUGUUUGUAUUCAUAUAUUUGAGGGUGCGUUUUUACAAGAAAUUUGCAUUGAAGGCGUUCAGUGUUUUUAAAUUUCUAAUGCUCGUAAGUUGACUGUUUUAGGUGAAUAUAUACAGCUUUAAAAAUAUUGAUUUCAACAAGGUGUAUGGAAUUAGCAAUCCAUUAUAUCACGAGACUGUGAGCCUUGGGGGUUUUUAUCUUCUUUGGUAAUGAUUUCCAUGAGAGAGUUUGACUGUGGUAUGUUUUUUUUAAUUUGGCACUUUUGAAGUUAAAUCACUUUUAGUUCUAAUACUUGAAACUUCAGUGCUGUGGAUUCUGCAACCGGUAGAGGAAAUAAUACUUGUUAGACAAGUACACAACAUGCAAGAGCAUGGAUUAGUUUUCCCAACAUGUAGCAUGAUUUGGUGUGUAGUCUUCUUAGAAAUAGCUAUGCAUUUAGAAUAUGCUUAUGUCAUUUGGAGACUUGUUCCAGAAACCUUGUUUGCUGUUGAAAGAAUUAAGUUACUCUGACAUCCCCAAGUUAUCAACACAAAAGUUAAUUUGUUGUUGCAGUAAAGGAGAUGCAUACAGCGACUUAGGUCUCCCAAGACUUUUAGCAGUGCAGCAUUCUGGGCUCUUUAGAUUAUGGCAAUAAAACUUGAUCAUAAUGAAGUAUAAAGAGAGCUAAAGUCAACAGAGCACACUUUUUGUAUCUGCAAAAAUGCCCAGGUUUGUUACUUAUACUGCUAGGUCACUUUCUAUAUAGCCUUUUUAUUACAGUUUUUGUAGUGCUUGUGGUUAGGAAUGUAAAGGAGCUUUAUACACUUGAAACACUUUGACACUGGGAAAACAUGAGUUUAAAGAUGGCCUGUGUUCUGCUCUAAUUAUGCUUUAAGCUGUUCUUGUUUACAAAGUGCGCAAACAGUAUUAACUGGGCAGGACAGUAUGUCUAAUGAGAAGGGAGAAUAGUUUUUCUUACUGGUACAGAACUUCAAACAAUUGUCUAGACAUCUUGAUUAGCAAAUGAAAAGGGCUAAACUAGAGCCUGAAUUUUAAGAUUAACUUUAUUGAUGCUGUAAAACAGAAUGUUAGAUUAUCUUGAAACUUCCAUUAGAAAUAUCAGUCUUAAAAGAACAAUGCAAGAAUCAUUUCCUCUUACUCACUCAACCAGCAAAGUUACUGCAUUCUUAUCUACUGCCAUGUAUUAAGAGGAUAACAGCUGAAUGUCAAUCAAUGUACGGUAUUGAUAUCUGUAUAAAAUCAAACUUCAUGGCCAGCAGCUGUUUGUCCAUAAGGUAACCAAAAAUGCACUUUAGUUUUUUCAUAAUUGAAAGUGACAGCUUUUUUUUAUUAUUAUUAAAUGACACCCUGGUCCUUUUGAAAAUUGAAGUAGCUUCCAGUGGAGCUUUUGUACGUUGGUUAUAUAUGUACCUGCACUAGUGACAUUGAAAGUCACUUACUCAGUAAUGUCUAUAUUUAUAGAAAUGUGGAUAACUUCUUAAACCUCAAUAAACAGAACUCAAAACAAGUCUGCAGGGAGAAGGUGUUUGACUUCCUUGAGUUGCAGUGAAGUGUUCUUGUUGGCCUCUAUGUGCAAAUCUCGCUCUCAAUAGCAGUAGAACAAUCUGCAUGAAAAUCAAACUCUUAUAAAUGUGGUGAGAUUCGUAAAUGUGACAAUGUUAUAAAUCACAGGUAUCUCAUUAAAGACUUAAUAUCAAUGGCAUACUUGUAUUAUGUUCCAUAUGUUUGUAACAGAACACUUUGCUUCUAGCUAUAGCCAUUUCUCUCCUUGUGCAGUGGUUGUGUGUAUUGUAAACCUUCCCUUCUCAUGAACAGAUUUACAUGUUGCAUACGUAUUUUCUGGAGCAGCUCUCAAAUUCUCAAAGUUCUGAAAUCAUGUACCGUAUUAACAGACUACAAUGGUAGUAUUAAAUUCUUUAAUCAGCUGAGUAACAUUUUUACUUGGUUUAGCAUUUAUGCUAGAAAGGUGAGGGUUUUUACUAUGUAGAUGAAAUAUGUUGCACUUCUCAUACCUAUACAAGGGUACUUCUUCAUUGUAAACAGAAGUAGAUUGAAAUUUUCAAAGCAGUGCAGAGGAUUCAGCCACACUGCUUCUUGAUUUUUUUUUUAAUGGAGAAUGUGAGUAAAUCCCUUGCACUGACUUGGAAAUCUCAAUGGCAGUACCCAUACAAAGUGCCCCAUAAUUGCUGUCAAACACUUGUGUACACUAUUCUGAUUUCAAGGUCAUUCAGUUUUGAUAGAGAAACAUGUAGGGCUACUUCCCCCCCCCCCCAAAUUAGGUGGGUACAGUUGUACAACUGGAAGCACGUAGCUCAAAAAAAUAAAAAUCCCUCACCUUUGAAGUUUUUGGAUGAAACUGUUCCAAAUGUAGUGGAUCGUUGCCCACCAAAACUGAUUCUACAUCUUUAUGUUGUACCUUUUUAUCCCCAAAGGGCUGAGGCCAGUUUGGCUUAUAUUGGCAAACCUCCAGCUCCCCUCCCCCCUCCAUGCCCUAAUUAGCAGGUUGUACAGUACUAUUGUACAAGGAGGCAUUGAAAUGCCAGUCUCUUUCUUAUGGCUCAUGAGUGAGGGUUGCAUGCUGUGGAACAUGCCCUGCUUCAUCUGAGAGCUUAAUAGUUCGUAAAGUAAAUUUUGUGGGGAACUGAUUGUGCUUCUUGCCCCAAAGCCAUGUAAACAAUCUUCCUUCUUUCCUAUCUACCCAACCUGUUCUGAAUAGUGUCUAAAGGAUACUAUAUAAUGCUGUCAAUGGGAGUUAGGGUUGAUCUUUCAAGCUACUGUACACUUAUUUCCCUUAACUGUAUCAAGAAAUACUAGUGUUAAUGCACUCCCUGUUGGUACCCCACUCCUUGGUAACUUUAUGAAGAACAGUUGGAGGCAGUGGGAUGUGAACAUGGUUGCACAUUAUAUCUUGAGCCUCAUAAUGAGUGCAGUAAGAUACUUUCUGCAGGAGAUCCUGACUGUUCUUAAAGUAGCCUUGUUCAUGUACGAAUCACUAUUCCCCUUAUUAUAAUGUAGUAUUACAUAAUGUUGACUGGGAGCAGUGUUAUCAUUUGACAUAAGAAAACUUCAACCCAGAGCUAUGAUUUCUAUAGUAAGCCGAAGUUGGGAUGUGUAAGGAAGUCUUUAUUUGAAAUAAACUAAAGUUAAAACAAACUUUUGUUUAAAUUCAAGUUACUCCACUGUUAUAGAAAUUAAAGGUUUGGUAAAUGUCUUUUGUUAAUGUAGAUUACUUUAUAAACUGGUUUAAUAAAAGUAACAGCUAUUUCAUAUAAGGACAUUUUAAACACACUAGGAAAUACCUAGAAAUGUGAAACUGCUUGGAGCAGUUGUGUCAAAGGGAAUGAGUUACAUCAGUAACUUUACCUACGUUAUUUGAGUCUCGGAGGAUAAUUAUACUUAAAUCAACAAUUACUGUGUGAGGAACAAAGAAAACAAACAUGGUGAGACCCAAUCAAAGAAACUGUUAAUUUCUCAGGUUUUAUCUUUAAAAAUGUGGAGUUUCUUCGAUUGAUUGUACAGGCUUAAUCACUUUAUGUACACUAUAUUUUUCAUUGAAGAAUAUGAAUUAAUAUCUGUUUUAGCUAGCAAAUACUGUUGAUCUGUGGUACAUUGCAGGUCUUGGCCUUACAUUAAGCAGAGUGUUGCUUUGAACAUAUAUUGGCUAUUCAGUUUUUCAGUACUCUGAAUUUUAGCCACGAUACAUGUCAGCAAACCAACAUUUGAGAGGUUACAGUUUGGUAACCUAAAUCAUUCUUCCCUCUUC